AUGCUCUCUAUUGCCCCUUUAGCAGUUGCGCUUCUCAGUGCCUCGUAUGCAUUGGGAGCGUUCAACCUCGUCAAAAGCUAUUCCGGCUCGACUUUCUUCGACGGGUGGCAAUAUGAUAGCGUCCCGGGAUACGACAACACAACGAACGGUCACGUCUUUUAUCUGGAUGGAGCCCAUGCGAAUGCAUCUCACCUGACGUAUGUGAACGACGCGGGUCGGGCCAUCAUCAAGGUCGACAAUGAGACGGUCGUCAGCUACCCAAACAAACGCAACUCCGUCCGCAUCUCAACGGAGGAUUUCUUCGACAUCGGCUCGGUGUUCCUAUUCGACGCCACCCAUGUCCCUUACGGGUGCUCCGUUUGGCCUUCAUUUUGGACCACAGGCAAUCACUGGCCGAACACUGGCGAGAUCGACAUUUUGGAAAGCUACAACUUGGAGCAAGCCAAUCAAAUGACGCUGCAUACCACUGAAGGCUGCAGCCAGGCACCGAACGUCCAGCAGGUCGGGAAGACCAAUGACACGGAUUGCGGCGCUGGGGGCUCGACCAUCGGGUGUACUGUUGUGGAAACGAAGGCGAAUAGCUUUGGGGAAGACUUUGCCAACAACCAAGGAGGGGUAUGGGCCGCGUGGUUCGACGAGACGGGCAUAUCCGUUUGGUUCUGGUCUCGCAAGGACGUGCCGGCCUCCGUUUCCGGGGCGACAAACACCAUAGACCCUACUACGUUCGGCACCCCCUCCGCCGCGUGGCCGUCUGGGUCUUCGUGCGACAUCAGCAAGGCAUUCGGAAAGCAACAGCUUGUGAUCGAUAUCACUCUCUGCGGAGACAAGGCGGGUGAUCCGCAGAUCUACCAGUCGACCUGCGGUGGCCCGCUCAGAAAUGCUACAUACGAUACUUGCUAUCAACUCGACGUCAUUCAACAGCCUACCGUUACCACACCAAACCAGACCGCUCUCGGGAAUGCCUGGUUUGAGAUCUCGUACGUCAAGGUUUUCACUUCGGAUACCGCCGAGGUCGCAAACUCCUCCGGCGCCACUGCGCCAGCUGCACCAACCUCGACGUCUGCCAACGGCACCAGCAGCGCCGACGGCAAGAACGACGCUCUGUCUGUCCAUCAUAUGUAUACCCCAGUUGUGGUUGCCACUCUUUUGGCUGUUGCGUCUUGCCUGUUACUGUGA